GAAGAUAAGAGGAUGGAUUAUAAUUUACUACCACCAGGAAAUUUAAAAGAGAAAGCGUUAAUAGAGGUAGCAAUUGCUCUUUGGACUCAUAAUCCGAUUAAAGAUGAGGUUUUAAGGGUAUUUGAGUACCGUUCUGAACAUGGCUUUGAUAAAAGGUGGAAAAAGAUAGAAAAAAUAGUGCAGGAGAUCGUCAAAACUCUGGAGCUGCCACAGACCCUGAAAGCAGAGUUAUCCGGUAUCAGUACACAAAUUGGCUUGGAAAUUCUUAGAUGGGCACAAUACUAUGGUCAGUACUACUGUGAAUCAGCUUUUUUUAAUAAUAUAGGCUGGACACCUCAAGGUGCAAUAGACGCAGAAAAAACUGCAAGAAACUUGCUAAGCGAUGAGAGUUUAAGUGUUUUAAAACGCUAUAAGAUAGCCUGUACUUACUGCUUUGAAGAUAUAAUCCAUGAUUUGUGGAAGCAACUAGGUAAAGAGGAAAGGCAUUUAAAAAAAAUGAAAAAAAGUAGGCUAUAUGAAGGUCUCGUGCUUUUUUGGAGUUAUCACUUAUAUGGAAAAAGUGCUGAAGUGAUAGGUGGAAAUUCAAUAAAUGAAUAUGGCUUAAAUAUUGCAGUGGACCAGGGAAAUAGCGUUGCAGUAAAGUAUUUUUGGAAAAAGUUAAACCCUGAAGAAAAAGAAAGAAAUUUAGAGAAAUAUAUAGUAGCGGCAGCAAGAGAGUCCUACGAAUAUAUAUCUGAAAGUAGGCGUUUUUCAAAUAGUUGCUAUACUGGUAUUGUAUGCUUUUUACUUAAUCAGGUAGAUGAUGAGCAGCGGAAAGAUAUUUUUAGUAAUACUUAUACGGCAGAAAAUAUACUGAACGGAUUGUUGAAUUUUCCUUAUCGGCAACUUUUUAUACAUGCAGUAGAGUAUUCAUGGGAUUCUUUACAGGAGGAAAAUUACCAUAAUUUACUGUAUUAUAUUGGCAAAAAAGUUUCCAAUCAUUUUCAAAGUUAUAAAGAACUGUUAAGGUGCUUUUGGCAAAAAAUACCCGAUAAAGAGAAAGCUAUCAACACAUGGGAGGCCAGUGAACUUUUAUCAAAGCUAUUUAAGGUUGAAGAUUACGUAAGUAUAGGGUUAAUUUUGGGUAGUGUAUCCAUACCAGCAAGGGAAAAGUUUAUCUUAAAUGAAGGACCGAGUAUCUGCUACAAUCUAGUUGCUGGAAAUAAAUGGCAAGCAUUAAGUAAUUUUAUGAACUGUUGUCUGUUAAAUAAAGAUGCAGCUAUUAAAUUCAAAGCAAAAGAACGAAUUUCGUGGUAUUCAGCAGAUGAAGCAUUACAAGAAAAUGCACCUACGUUCUACAAGUUUGUUGAUGAUUUUAUUGCCUCUUUUGAUGCAAAAUCAUCCAUUCAAGCAAAAGGAGGUCACAAAAAAAGAAAAGAGGAUAUAGAUUGUGAUUAUACCCCAGCAAAAAAAGUAAAGACCAGCCUAAAAAUAACACAGAUGAGUUCAAAAAAUAUGGGAUUAACAUGUUAGUAGAGUCAUUUUUCAACACACCAGAAGUUUUUGAGGAAGAAUUUGAUCAAGUUUUGUCAGAAGUACCGAAUAUAGCUGUAAAUGAGGAAUUUUGGUUCUACUUUUUUCUUGGUUCAAUUUUACCAUUACCAGAAACUUAUCUAAAAGAAAAAUUAAAUGUUAAGAAAAUACAAAUUGAGUUUCUAAAAACUACUACAUUUGGUAAAAUUCUUAUUCUACGUACUACUAAAGAGUCAGGUGAAAUUAUAUGUACGUCAAUUGGAGCUGAUGGAAAUCCAUAUCCGAUAAAAGAUGAUAGUUCCAUAGGCUUAAAAGUAGAAGUUAAUAGAGUUUUGGAACAAAGCAUUCCUCUGAUUUUAGAUAAGAAUCAAGCAAUAGAAAAGUACUUAGAAAGUGUGUUUGUAGGUUUAACAAAAGUCUAUGAUUACUAUAAGACAGGAGAGCAACUUCAAUUGAGUGAAACCCAAGAAGUAUUACGCCAAGCUUUUAUCUAUGGUUUUUUCAAAAUGAAUACUGAAUAUAAUUGUUUUAUAGAGUUUAAUGCUGGGCUUGGAACUGCUGACUUAGUAUUGCAAAUAAAUGAUAUUUCAAUAAUUGCCGAGUGUAAAAUAGGUAAUAAAACAGCAAAAGAUGCAAUACAGCAGAUAAAAAACAAAUGUUAUUACCAUUUAAGUAUUCUAGGUAAAUUUAAAGUUGCAUUUUUGGUGGGUGUGAAUUUUACCCAAGAAAAAGGUUUGAUGAUAGAAAAAUACGACAUAUCCAAGCAAAAAGGGAUAAUAAAUGUACUCAUGGAUGAUGAAUCAGAGGAAAUAAUACAAGGGGAAUUGAAAUUUCUGUGCUACACAAAAAACAUAGGAAUAAGCAACCCAGAUAAUCCAUCCAAUCACAAUGAGGCUGACCCUAAGAACAAAUAUGUUGGCUCUUUUACUGCAUUAAUUUUAGGGCAGAUGUUACAGUAUUGUGGACAAAAUGAUGAAUGUGAGCUUGAGUAUAUUAUCACACAAUUAGAAGAAGGAAGUAAAGCACGAAAUACAGAAUUAGUUAUUAGCGAUAGCGAUAACAAAUUGAAAUUGCACAUUAUUGAAUUUACAGACAAAGGUGGUAAUGAAUCUCCUAAACUUCCUACUAUAGAUGAGGAUAUUUCAAGCCCUGAACCUGAGGAUGGUAGUUGUGGUGAUUACAACAUUAAGGUUUGUAUUAACAAAAAUGAUGAAGAAUUUUUAUAUAAAAUUAUCUUUGUAGAUGGGCAAGUAACUGUUGAAGAAGAAAAAGAGUGCUCUAAUUCUGUUACAAAAACCAGAAGCGGUAGGGAGUUAAAAAGUACAAAAGAUCCUUACUAUGUUUAUUCUUCUUCCUUGUCUCAGGAAGCUAAAGUUUCUCCUAAAAAAUCGCCGUUAGAACGAAAAAAAGUGAAUAUAGAAAGAUUAAUUAGUGAUAUGGAUGGUGGAAAACAAAACCACCUAAGAGAAAUAAUAAUAAGUUACCGUGAUUUCAUCUACUCAGAAGCCAAUUUACAGCUCUUCCUGAAAGGAUUAUUUAUGAAUGCAGAGAUAAAUGAAGGUGAGCACAUUUUAGCAGAGGUAGAAGUUAGUAGACCUUCUGCGAAACAAAGAAAUAAACGUCAAAUUCUCUUUGGGGGGUAUAAAAACCUAUCCCAUGUGUGACUUUGCUUCUCUACAACGCUCUAAACAAGAAAAUUUUUAAAAAAUACGAAGAGAAAUCUUCCAAACUAAGUUUCACGUUUUGCAGAAGGUCUUAGCUUUUUCUUUCUUACCUUCUAUUUCUUCCCAUUUUUCGCAAAAUUUGCAUUCAAAUAUCAUUCCUUUACCAUUUGGCAGCUUGACCAGUAGAUCAAUUUUUCCUGAUUUUCCAGCACUAGACCUUCUGCAAAACGUGAAACUUAGUUUGGAAGAUUUCUCUUNGAUAGGUUUUUAUACCCCCCAAAGAGAAUUUGACGUUUAUUUCUUUGUUUCGCAGAAGGUCUCUAGGAGUCAGUUGGAGAGUUAUACAGAUAAAGGAAAUUUAAAGUAUAUAUUUGAAAAAAGUAGUCAAUUGUACACCUUAGCCAUAGUGUUCUGCAAAGAAAAUGCUAUGUGUAACAUAGAAGUUAAAAUCACUGAAAAUGAUCAAUGUAACAAAACGAUUGAAGUAAACCAAGAUUUUUCUAUUGACUCAGGCUUUGCUUCUAGUGAAGAUUUUUCUAAUGUUAACAUAUUACUUGACUUAAGUACGUGUACAUUGCUUACUCCAAAUACUUCUCUAUUGUCUUUAAAUAGCGACAGCAUUAUAUCAUUUAAGGAAGUCUUCAUGUGA